AUGGCAUCAAACUUUCGCAGUAGAAUGAAAUAUUCUACAUCACCUAAGGGAGCAGCUAUGGAUACUCUUACGGUAACUCCUAAAACAGCUAAAAAGACUGUGCAAUUUAAUGAUACUCUAACUGUCUCGAAGGGGAGUAAACUUGGCAAAAAGCACAAAUCGGAAGGCACGUUACGGCCGUCUUCUAAAGGUUCUCCUGCAGCCAAUCCGAUAGUUACAGAUAAAAAUGAUGGCAAUAAACCUGACAAUGACAAGCGGCAGAAAGGAUUAACAACAGAUAAUCGACAUCUUGUGCAAGUAUCGUGUGCAGAUAGUGCUUAUUCCUCAAUGUCCUCGCUCGCAUCUCCUUUAGUAAACCGUGAUAGAAUAUCAUCAUCUUCGACGGUAUCUUCGAAUAAUUUGCAGAUACCAAGUCCUUUAUCUAAUACCAACUUAUCUGAUUCCACUAGUUCCGCAACAUAUAAUUUAGGGUUUCCUAAAAGUCCAGAGUAUCUUCGAUCAAAUUCAUUUGAGGAGACUACUAUAAGGUGUACGCGAAGGAGUAAAACCGGUUUCGAUACGUGGAGGAUAUCACGGCAACUAAGUCCAAAAUCCAAAUUCAAGAAUCACCGAAGUAGUAUAAAAUUGACUCUGACUGAGCCAAUGCGCAGAAGGGCUGAUAGUAUUAGCUUUAGUCCUAGCUAUGACAGCGAUUGCAGCUUAAACCAAAGGCAAAAGAAAAUGCUUCGACUUGUGAGAAUUUCUAAAGACAGUGAUCAAGGUUUUGGGUUUUCUAUUACGACAAUUGGACUACGAGAUAAAGAUGGCAAUAUGAGGCAUCGAACGUUUGUUACCGAUGUUGACUCACUUGGACCUGCAAAGCGAUGUGGGUUAUUUCCAGGUGAUGAAAUUCUAGCGAUAAAUGGAGUAGAUACUGAUGAAAUCAAUCAUUAUGAAAUUAUCAAGCAAGUAAAAUAUUCGAAAAUUGCAACAAGUUCUAACAUGUGUACUGUUAAAGUUGCUUUCGUUGAUGGUUUACGAUAUGUUGAAUUACAUAUGAAAUGUAAUAAAAAGUUGCAAAAACUGUUCAAGAAGCAGGAAGAAUUGAGAGCUUUGAAGCUUCAAGAGAAAGAUGUUCUAAAGGCAAUAGAGAUGGCAUCACCAGAGAAUAUUAAAUCUUCUCAAGAAUUGGAGGAUAGCAGUAGUUACUUGAACAUGUUAUGCACUUCUGUCGCUGCUGUCUUUCCAACUGCAAUCGAUAAUACCGGCAAUAGUGAUCAUACAGCUACGUGA